AUCACAGCGCAGCAGGGACGGGGCUUGGCGGUAGCAGUGAGGUGGCCAGUGCUGCCAUAGAUGGUAUCAAAUAGGAAAGAGACGAGCACAAACUUUAUUGCACAUGAACUAUCAGAAUGAAUGGAACGGCGUACUCCAAUUUUGACAGUCAAGACCACGUCCUAAAAUUAGGGGAAACGUUUGAGAAGCAUCCUAAAAGUGCAUACCACACAGUGCGAUAUGAUUUCAAACCAGCCUCCAUUGACACAACAUGUGAAGGGGAGCUUGAUGUGGGCAAAGGAGAGCAAGUCACCAUUACUCUACCCAAUCUAGAGGGUUCAUCUGCCCCAGUAACAGUGUUCAAGGGAUCAAAGAGGCCGUACAUGAAGGAAUGCAUCCUCAUUGUGAACCAUGACACAGGAGAGUACCGCCUGGAAAAACUCAACAGCAACAUAGCUGUCAAAAAGACCAGGGCUGAGGGUAGCAGUAAGAUCCAGUCUCGCCUGGAGCAGCAGACCAGUCGUCUGAGCCAGCAGAUGAAAAGUAGCAGCAGUAGCAGCAGUAACAAGACUCAAACUGGCUCCAAGACUUCUCCUCCUAAAGAGAAGAUGUUCCCCACAUCACCCAUGGAUGACAUUGAGAGAGAGUUGAUGGCGGAGGCGCGGGUCAUGGACCAGAUGAGCAGCGGCGACAGCUCCUCUGACUCCCACAGCUCCUCUUCCUCCAGCAGUGACGACAGCUCCAGCAGCAGUGACUCUGAGGACGAGCGGAGUUCCCCAUCACCCACGACCCCGGCCAACCAGAGCAUGCCUAUCAUCACAACCAACAGCAACACCACCUCCCUCUCCAACAGCCGCCCAGAGGAGAGCGGAGGAGGACUUCUCAUGAACACACUCAAGAAUGACCUCCAGCUGAGUGAAUCAGGCAGUGAAAGUGAAGAUGACUGAAGGGCGUCUGCCUGCCUGUGAAUGUCUGGUCUUUUCAGCGAGGAGGAUUUGAACUGGACAAGCAGAAAAAUGCAGUACAACUUUCAUUGUCAUUGAUUUCUGUCUCUUCAUACUUGUUUUAAGACAGGUACACUCUACUAUUCAGUUGGAAAAAAUAAUUUGUUGCUUCCACCCCAACAAAUGUCAAUUUUUUAAAUGUUACAUUUAUUGCUAUACGUAUUUAUACAAAGAAAUAUGCUAAAUUAAAUUGAUGGUUCAGGUAACAGAGACAGGAUUUGGUUUCUAAGAGAAGCGUUAUGGAAGAAAAUCUCAAUGUUUCAUCUCACUAAUGCAGAUGUGUGGUUGUUGUACUGGUGAGUAACAUCUAAGUCUUCAGGAACAGGCUGAGAGAUGAGUUCAUACUGCAUGGAUGGAAAUCUUUUUACCCGUUAUAUCAUCUGGAGAAUCAGUAUCCCAUUGUUCCUGCUUUUCAGUGAAUCCUCUAUGUUCUGAACUUGAGGUGCCUUAGGUUACAUAUGGGUAAAAACUGUGCUCAGUUCUCAGUUAUAUCAAAACAAUUGCCUCAACUGGAUGAGUUUCUGCUGUUUAGUUUGGUACUUUGGCACAUGUGUCAUGACAUAGUCAUAAAAGAAGUGAAAGCUACUUUUUUCUUUAGGAUGGACUGCUUCCAUGUCGGGGUGGAGUCCUCUGCUUUUGCCUUACAGCACCAGUGUUAUGUUAGUUUCAGUUUACUGUGACAGAGUUGCAGGCUAAAGCAAUCUUUUGAGUUUGUUUCCACUUACGGAGCUGGUGCCUUACAGCACCAGUGUUAUGUUAGUUUCAGUUUACUGUGACAGAGUUGCAGGCUAAAGCAAUCUUUUGAGUUUGUUUCCACUUACGGAGCUUUCAAAAAAAAAAAAAAAAAAAAAAAAAGUACCUUAUCUAUUGUGUGAUAUUUCAAGAUAUCAGUUGGUCUUUCUGGCAAACUAGUGCACUAAAACGGGGUUAGUGUAAGGGUCAUGCAAGAAUUUUCUCAACGGUAUGUGUGUGUACGUGAAAAAAUUACUUGGCUUUGUAGCUUUAAACCUGCAAUACUUGAAUCUGACUAAUUAUUUAUAUUUCAAAAUGUACUCUGACCAACAGAUAAUUGCUUAUUAUAUUUUAUAUAUUUCUAGAGGGCAACCACAGCAAUGAGAAUUGCAAAUCAGUACGUGCUGUUGCUUACCAAGCCAGAAGCUUUAUUGCACCUCAGAGUGAGACUUACAGCACUUUAUGUGCCUUUUGUUAUUUGCCUUGGCCAGUUGGUGGAUCACAGGCGACUUUUUUGUGACAACGCCCCAUAUCUCGCUGCUGUGCUCUCUCUCCCCAUGCAGGAAGCAACUGUUUAUGUUGGAGCAUUUCUUUAGUGUCCCAGACAACUGGGAAUGUGCUUUAGAUGUGGAAAUCAACUGUUAUGUUUUGCAUAAGCGAAUGAAAAGACUCAGUGGAUCAUCAGUGAACUAUUUGAAAUCAAUUUCUUUACAGAUAAAUAAAGAUUUUAAUUGUU